AUGGGGACACAGGCGAAAAGGGGACGAUGGCGGCCGUAUACCACAGUGCCACUGUCAUCGAUAAAUCAUCCUUGUCCAUUGAUGCGACAUGAUAAGGAGACUCCGAAUCAGGCCAUGGUAGAGGAAUAUAGUAGUAAAUGCAUCGAGAAACCAAUAGAGGAAGUUAUGAUCAAAAAUGAAACCCUAGAAGAUGAAAUCGAGAUAGUUGAAGAUGAAACCCUAGAACUUGAAUCCAAGGUUGAUCCUGAGAAUCGAAAGUUGUGGCUUGAUGUGCUAAGCGAGAAUCGAAAUCCGACAAAGGGAUUGCCAAUGGAGUGUGUUACACCAUCUGCGGUAAAUGGGGAAGUAGAAAUUGAGAUAUAG